GGUAAAACUCCGGCUCCCGCUCAUAGAUCGAGGAAAGCUGACUUAACUAGUUCUGGACGCAACACGCGGUUGACAUAAACUACCAGCAUUUUGAGGAUUUUUUAAUAGUGGACGGAUCGGAAUUACUGUUCCAACUAGAAAGUCCAGUCCGACGGAGCGAAAUGACACAGGAGCUUGCCAAAAAGAGGGGCGUUCCAGGCGAGCCGUCGUCGUAUGGCGGGGGCCUGCAGCAGGCGGUCAUGGGGGAGGAUGAUGCUUGGAGGGCCUUCCUGGAGAACCCCCUGACUGCUGCCUCCAAGGCCAUGAUGAGCAUCAACGGAGACGAGGACAGUGCCAACGCCCUGGGCCUCCUCUACGACUACUACAAGGUGCCGAGUGAAAAGAGAACGGCUGGACAGCCCAAAACAGAAGUGCUCCUGGGUGAUUCUGAUCCCAACAAAAUAACCUUCACCCAAGACCCUCCACUGGAUAUGACCACACUGAGGACGGUCCCUCUCCACACUGCGGCCCAGGGAAGCAGCCGGCCGGGCCAGGGGGAAAAGAACCGGGACCCCUACCCUGCUUUGGAAGGCCCCUCCAGCCCUCCCCUCUACUCCAUGAGCCUCUCCCACAGGUCCCUGUCCGACGGCAUGGCCUUCAGUCACCAGCUCAACCACAGCCAGUACAGCCCCCCAGCCCAGGUCCUCACCCCCGACCCCAUGUACACACAGCCCUACAAGGACAGCUCCGGUGAGGUGUUCCCUGUAUCCGUGGAUCCCCCUACUGGUGGACCCCCCUACUGCAGCGACACAGCAAGUCAACACUUCCACUACCUACUGGAGGCUCCCCAGUCGCAGAGGUCCAAGGGUGGCCACGGUCAGAUGAGCUACCUGAACAAGGGCCAGUUCUACCCCAUCACCCUGAGAGAGCGAGGGGGCCCCGCGGCCCCACCACACCUCAGCGGGCGGGUCCGGAGUGUGGUGAUGCUGGUGUUCGGGGAGGAGAAGUUCACGGACGACCAGCUCAAACACUGGCGGUACUGGCACAGCAGACAGCACACUGCCAAGCAGCGCUGCAUGGAUAUCGCUGACUACAAAGAAAGCUUCAAUACAAUCUCCAGUAUCCAAGAGAUUGCAUACAAUGCUGUCUCUUUCAUCUGGGAUACCAAAGAUGAGCCACGGGUCUUCAUCUCGGUGAACUGUCUAAGUACGGACUUCUCGCCUCAGAAGGGAGUGAGGGGCCUUCCUCUCAACCUCCAGAUUGACACCUACAGCUGUGGUGGCCACGGUGACAAGCUAGUACACCGAGCCUACUGCCAGAUCAAGGUGUUCUGUGAUAAAGGUGCCGAGAGGAAGAUCCGGGAUGAGGACAGGAAGCAGACUCACAGGAAGCCAAAGGGACAGAAGAUAACCACCGCCCAUGUUGAAAACCCUGUGCAGCUGAAGCAUGUGGACAUGACAAUGUUCAAAGACAUGACUGACAUGGACUCCCAGCCGGUCCUCUUCAUCCCUGAGGUCCACUACCCGGGAACGCAGCGCCACCACGCAUGCAUUGCAGAUGACAGUGAGGACGGCUUGGGGCAGAAGCGACUCUCCCACUAUGAUGAGGACAUCGACCCUGCUCCUCACAAGAGAACCCGGACAGAUGAACCAGAGAAAGUGCUGCUUUAUGUCCGCAAGGAUGCGGAGGAGGUGUUUGAUGCUCUGAUGCUAAGGACUCCCACUCUGACAGGCCUACUGGAGGCGGUAACGGAUAAAUACAAGCUGCCCCUUGAGAAAAUGGGGAAGGUGUACAAGAGGUCCAAGAAAGGGAUUCUAGUUCACAUGGAUGACAACAUCAUCAGGCAUUACUCCAAUGAGGACGCCUUCCAUAUCAACAUACAGGAGGUGGCGGGGGAGGUUCUGCUGACGCUGACGGAGAUUUAAGUUCUGAGCCCGGAGGUGGGAGGGGGUUGUCUCAGGACUGAAGUGUCCUGCAACAAACAGAAAAUUAGCUUUUCUUAUUGGACCGUUACAAGUUAUGGGACCUCACUGAUUCGGUACCUUUUCUUCCAUUCGUUGCCUGGGGACUAUGAAUGGGACUGUAGCCAGGUGGAAGAGGAGUCUUAAUAGGGGCCUCCGGGGCUCUUGGAGGUGGAACGGGUUGACCCCUUGGGGGCCCGAGGAGAGGCCCAGGACAUUGGGAUUAACCGCCUGUUUACACAACUCUAAUAGACCUCUACAAGAAAAGCUCGACAAUCUCCCUGAGUUCUGCCUUUUUGCUGUGCCAUCGCCCGCUAGGCCCUUCGGUGGCGUUGGCAGCUCUACAUGGCUACCUUAAACACCAUCGAGAAAGAGACGUUUCAGUGUUUUCAGUUCAAAUGGGACUAAUUGAUUCACAGGUUUGCGAAUCACACCCUACUACUACUGGGGCGCGGUAGCUAUGGUAAGAGUUGAAACGAAUCAUGACCGUCUGGAAACACUAGCGUGUGCUGCACAAUAAAACUAGUUUUGUAAUGUGUUAUUUUUGAUACUACUAUUCAGUAUGUACCUUGUGAUUGAUUUCACAGAUCAGACAGCGAUGUGUUGUUCCGAAUGUAACUGUUCGUAUCGAAGUAUUAUUUAUUUUUAAUUGCGGUAUAUUUCAAGACACUGGCAUGUUGAACAUGAUGCUGUAACCAGGACAAUUUCUGAGUACUUAUAUUUAUGUCAGAUUUCUUGAGGGGGGUUUUAUUGUUUUUGUUUUUAUUGUUUACAG